GGUAACAGUUCCUGCGCGCUACCUAGCUAUUUUCUCCAACUUCUCAUUACAUCGCGUCUUCAAUAGGCACUCACACCUUACACCUUCCACCCUUCAUCAAAACAUCCACCACCCAACACCCCCAUCCAUACAGAUUUGAACCACACCAUCUUUCAUCUGUAUUACCUCAAGGAGUAGUACACCCUUGUGAGCCAUCUAGUCGGGUAAGGAAAAGACAGAAAUUAAACCAAAUUUUCUGUAUCUCAUCCUUUCGAGCCCAGCCAUUGGUCGAAGCAACAACCAGGAAAAAAAACAGACGCUGUGCCAUACUGCCCUUGUUGUAGUUCUACUUCCUUACGGGUCCCUAUAAGCCGCAUCGAAUAUUCUUCACGGAGCUUCACUGGUUCACCUCAUUUGCCGGUUUCGAUCAAUUAAACGCAACGUUUAAUUCGCCCUUACUUAGCCCAUAGAAUCCUUGUGCGCAGUCACCUAGGAGUCCAUUUCGUCUCCAGCCUGCAGGUUAGAGCAUUAAGCAGCAGCAGCAGCCUCCUGAUUCUACUUAUCACCUUAAUACUUCAUUCACAAUAGAUACAAUGGCGGACGACUCUUAUCGACCACAAAGAGAGAGAUCUCGUUCACCUCGCCGACAACGCUCUCGCAGUCCAGGACGCACCCAACGUCGUCGUUCAUAUUCUCCUCGCAGUCGCUCACGCAGCCGUGACGAACAUCGCAGAAACGAUCGCAGAUCUCGAUCCCCAAUGUCGGGUGCUGCAGGUGUAGGUGGUUCUGGGGGAUCAGCUUACGGUGGACAACCACAUAGGACUUACGAAGAGAGAGCUGCGGCUAGAGAGCAAAUGAUGAGCACUCUACGUGAAUCAUCGCAACAAGACCGUCGUGUCUACGUCGGCAACUUAUCAUACGAUGUUAAGUGGCAUCAUCUUAAAGACUUUAUGAGAUCUGCUGGAGAGGUCCUCUUUGCUGAUGUGUUAUUGCUUCCAAAUGGAAUGUCGAAGGGAUGCGGCAUUGUAGAAUAUGCUACGAGGGAGCAAGCUCAACAGGCAGUCAACACUCUGUCCAACCAGAACCUUAUGGGAAGACUCGUUUACGUUAGAGAGGAUCGUGAGGCCGAACCCCGAUUCACUGGUACUCCAUCUGGAGGCCGUGGCGGUUACGAAGGCGGCGGUCCACCAGGAGGUCGUGGUGGUUUCCAAGGUGGUUUUGGAGGUGGCAUGGCCCCUGGAGGUGGAGCUGGAGGUGGAGGACGUCAAAUUUACGUCUCCAACCUUCCCUACACCGUUGGAUGGCAAGAUCUGAAAGAUCUAUUCCGCGGCGCUGCCCGAAAUGGUGCCGUCGUUCGCGCCGAUGUUCAUGUUGGACCUGAUGGGCGUCCAAAGGGCUCUGGUAUUGUUGCUUUCGAAUCUCCUGAUGACGCUCGCAACGCCAUUCAGCAGUUCAAUGGUUAUGAUUGGCAAGGCCGCCCUCUUGAGGUCCGUGAAGACCGUUUCGCAGGUGCUCAAGGAUUUGGUGGUGCUCGUGGAGGAUUUGGCGGUCGUGGAGGCUUUGGUGGCGGAUUUGGAGGUCGUGGAGGCUUCGGGGGUGGCCGUGGCGGAUUCGGCGGCGGAUUUGGCGGAGGUCGUGGUGGAUUUGGUGGAGGUUACGCCGGAGGUCCCGGUGGAUUCGACGGUGGUGCUGGAGCUCCCGCAGCUGCACCCAACCCUUUCACCGACCAUGCUACCGCUGGAACUGAGAGAAGUGAGAUUAUCUAUGUUCGCAACCUCCCAUGGUCCACUAGCAACGAGGAUCUUGUUGAACUGUUCACCACCAUUGGCAAGGUCGAGCAGGCUGAGAUCCAAUAUGAGCCUAAUGGCCGAUCCCGUGGUACUGGUGUUGUUAGAUUUGACUCGGCCGAGAAUGCAGAUACCGCCAUUGAAAAAUUCUCCGGCUAUCAAUACGGAGGCCGUCCUCUCGGCUUGAGCUUUGUCAAAUACCAAAUCCCUGGUGGUGCCGGUGAUGCUAUGGAAACAGAAGUCACUCACCUCACACAAGAUCAAAUCAUGUGAGCUCGGAUCUACGCACACAAACUGGUCUCACACCUUACGACACAUUUCGCCCAUGUUACAACACGCUUUUCUUUUACCAAACUCGAUUUCCUUAUGUGUACUCAAAGAUCAAACAUCCAAAAAGUCAUCGGAGGCUGAGAAUUCUCUCUGUAUGGAUGAAUCUUUUCAUUCAUCUAUCGUGGAAUUGCUCUACUAUUUCGUUGCGAGUCUGGAGGUGGAUAUUCAUGCGCAUUGCUUUCUAUGUUUUCUUUCAUUCAAAAGUCUUUUCACAGGAUGGAUCUAAUAGCAAGUACAAUGUCAUUAGACGCCUGAUACUCAUAGCAAUACAAGUCUAUUUUUGAGAUAGCCCUCUUUUCAUGAAUGAGUAAGCGUGAAUGCAAUAAAGUAACGUCAUAAAGUGUAUGCCAGCCAAGCAAUGUCAAAAGGACAAGAUUGUCACCUUGCUGGUCUUGAUAAACAAUCACAAAUACUCGGGAAUAGAACAAUCACAUGAGUCCUUCAAAUUCAUACUUGAAGA